GGCUGGUUCGAGUAUUCGGAACCGGUUUCACUCAGGAUCUCGUCAAAAGCAGACACACACAUAGAGUCACACUCACGGAAGGAGAUGGGGAGAGACAGGAGCGAGUUUGCGGCCAGGUGUGCCUUGCUGACGGGUCUUGGGUUGUUGCUCUGCUAUCCGGUGCCUUGCCACUCGGUAGAGGAAGCGCAUCCCCAGAGCGACGCCGAACACGGCGAGUCUCACGGAGGUAAUGAGACGGAUGGUCACCAGCCUGGCUUUCACAUUGUCUCCUUCCAUUGGGAACAUGUCCAAGCCCCUUACGUUAUAGCAGUAUGGAUCCUGGUGGCCAGUUUGGGGAAGAUAGUUUUCCACCUGUCUGAAAAAGUCACCUCUGUGGUUCCAGAGAGUGCCCUGCUGAUUGUGUUAGGUCUCAUCCUGGGAGGAAUUGUCUGGGCAGCUGAUCACACUGCCUCCUUCACUUUAACACCGACCGUCUUCUUUUUCUACCUCUUGCCACCUAUCGUAUUGGAUGCUGGAUAUUUCAUGCCCAACCGACACUUCUUUGGCAACCUCGGAUCGAUUCUCAUGUAUGCUGUCAUUGGCACAAUUUGGAAUGCUGCAACAACUGGCCUCUCCCUCUAUGGUGUCUUCUUGUCGGGUGCUAUGGGAAAACUCGAUGCUGGCCUCCUGGAAUUCCUUCUGUUUGGAAGUCUGAUUGCUGCAGUUGAUCCAGUAGCUGUAUUGGCUGUGUUUGAAGAGGUUCAUGUUAAUGAAGUGUUGUUUAUCAUUGUCUUUGGAGAAUCUCUUCUUAAUGAUGCAGUCACUGUGGUACUGUACAAUGUUUUUGACUCAUUUGUUGCAGUUGGAGCAGGGAAUAUUCAAGGCCUGGACUAUUUCAAGGGCAUAGUUUCUUUCUUUGUUGUAAGUUUGGGUGGAACUGCUGUUGGCAUCAUCUUUGCAUUCUUGCUGUCGCUGGUAACCAGAUUCACCAAGCACGUGAGAGUGAUCGAACCUGGAUUCGUCUUUGUGAUUUCAUACCUCUCCUACCUCACUGCCGAGAUGCUUUCUCUUUCUGCUAUUUUAGCUAUCACGUUCUGUGGCAUUUGCUGUCAGAAGUACGUGAAGGCCAACCUCUGUGAGCAAUCCAUCACCACUGUCAGAUAUGCAAUGAAAAUGCUGGCAAGUGGUGCAGAGACCAUUAUCUUCAUGUUUUUGGGAAUCUCUGCAGUGGACACUGAAAUAUGGACAUGGAACACUGCCUUUAUACUGCUCACGCUAGUCUUCAUCUCUGUUUACAGAGUCAUCGGUGUUGUAAUUCAGACCUGGAUUUUGAACCAUUUCCGUGUGGUGCAGUUGGAGAUUAUAGAUCAGGUGGUGAUGUCGUAUGGUGGUCUACGUGGAGCUGUGGCCUUUGCUCUGGUGGCAUUGCUGAAUGAAAAAACUAUUCGUGAGAAGCGUCUGUUUGUCAGUACAACUAUCAUUGUGGUGUAUUUUACAGUCAUCUUCCAGGGUCUGACAAUCAAGCCUUUAGUGAAGUGGCUGAAGGUAAAGAGGAGCGAGCAGAAAGAUCCUUUACUCAAUGAGAAGCUCCACGGAAGAGCAUUUGAUCAUAUACUGUCUGCAAUAGAAGACAUAUCGGGGCAAAUUGGACACAAUUAUCUUCGCGACAAGUGGACUAACUUUGACAGGAAAUAUCUGAGUAAAAUAAUGAUGAGGAAAUCUGCACAGAUUAGCCGGGAUAAAAUCCUCAGCGUUUUCCGUGAGUUGAAUCUGAAGGAUGCCAUCAGCUACGUGUCUGAGGGAGAGCGGCGAGGGUCCUUGGCUUUUAUACGCUCGAGCAGCGAUGUUAAUGUUGACUUCACUGGUCCUCGUCAUUCUAUUGUAGAUUCAUCUGUCUCUGCAGUGCUGAGAGAGAGUACCAGUGAGGUGUGCUUGGACAUGCAUGCAAUUGAAAACAGGGUGAAAAGCCAAAAGGAUCGUGAGGAAACAGUCACUCACCACAUGUUGCAGCAACAUUUGUACAAACCCAGGCAACGAUACAGGCUUAAUUACAGCCGCCAUAAACUAAUACGUAAUGAAGAUGAGAAGCAAGAUAAAGAGAUUUUCCAGCGCACCAUGAAAAAGAGACUUGAAAAUUUCAAAUCUACCAAGCUUGGAGCCAAUUACAACAGCAAGUUUAGGAACCUAAAGAAAGAAAAAGCAGCUAAGAAGAAGCACAGUGAUGCAAUGUCGAAUGGAAAGAUCCCAACACACACUGUUGCAUUCCAUGUUGAUAAAGACUCUGACAUAGAGGACCAUUAUGACACAGUGGAUGGAGGAAUUAGUUUCCUAAUUACUGCCCCAAGUGCAGAACCAGAUGAAACGAGAGAUGGAAUCGAUAAUCCAAGCUUUACUACUGAGGAGGAUCAAUCAGUUUACCAAAUGACUCCACCGUGGGUGUCCAGUGAAGAAACAGUCAUCCCGUCUCAGCGGGCACGUUUACAGCUUCCAAGGAGUCCCAACAACUUCAGGCGCCUCACACCUUUGCAGCUCAGCAGCCGAUCCAUUGAUUCAUUUUUACUAGCAGACAUCUCGGAGGAACAUCCAUUGUCUUUCCUACCUGAAUCAUCAAUGUAACACCAAGACAAUCCCAAGUCCCCCUCCAUUACCUAGCCCUUCUAACUUGGAUGAGAAACACUUUUCCUGGAAAGAUGACCAAGCAAGCCAAAAUGAUUCUAGUGCUGAGAGGCCCUCAAGGGUUUUUCCAUCUUAUCUCCAGAAGA